CUCUAUCGGACCGCUGAAGUUCUGCUGCGACUUUCGGCCCUAUUUUACCAUCCAUGACAGCGAGUUCAGAGAGUACACAACCAGGACACAGGCUCCACCAAACGUUGUUCUUGGAGUCACCAACCCGUUCUUCAUCAAGACGUUUCAGAGCUGGCCUCACAUCGUCCGACUAGGAGAGCUCAAAAUGGCAGGUGAUUUGCCGAAGCAGGUGAAGGUGAAGAAGCUGUCCAAGCUGAAGAGUCUCGACACCAAACCAGGGAUCUACACAGCCUACAAGACGUUUCUGCACAAAGACAAGAUUCUGAUCAGGAGACUGCUAAAGGGGAUCCAGAGGAGGAGGCCGUCGGAGGUCCAGAGCGCCAUCCUGAGGAGACACCUACUGGAGCUGACGCAGAGCUUCAUCAUCCCUCUGGAGCGCUACAUGGCGAGCCUGAUGCCUCUGCAGAGAUCUGUGACGCCCUGGAAGACGCCGCCUCAGAUCCGUCCCUUCAGUCAGGACGAGUUCUUGUCCACCCUGGACCACGCCGGGCCUCAGCUCACCUCCGUGCUCAGAGGGGACUGGAUGGGUCUGUACAGGAAGUUCUUCAGGUCUCCCAACUUUGACGGCUGGUAUCGUCAGCGCCACAGAGAGAUGACGCAGAAACUGGAGAGCCUCCACCUGGAGGUCAUCUGUGACGCGGAUCUGCUGGGCUGGACCAAAGACAAGUCUGAGGUGGAGAUUGUGGACCUGAUCCUGAAGCUGAGAGAGAAACUGAAUAAAGCUCGCCGGCAGCAGCUGCAGGUCCGAGACGGAGUUUUAGACGACCUGGAUUCUUUCAUCACCUCCGUGGUCCACUCGCUGCCUGGAGACCUGCAGGCUGCUCUUCAACAGACGCUCACAGGACUCGUCCUGAAGGACCUGAGGGACUCUUCUUGA